UUAAGCGGUGGACAACCAUUGACAUCAACCAACUCUGCUAAAACCCUAAAAGACCCUGUAAGAUGGAACUUCAACCUGUUUGUCUUGGAUUUCCUGUCCCAAAGUUCAAAUUGUCCAAUCGUCGUCGCUUCUCUCAUCAAUCUAAACUCACUCUUGUCUCCAAUGAUCGAAUUUUGAAGGCUCCUGCAAAUGACCUCGUAUUAAGAAAUGGAGAUGUUCGGCUUGGAGAUGUCUCAAAGUGGUGUUCGAUGCCUAAAGUGAAGAGCUUUCAUAGGUACUAUACAUUGUGGAGUUUGAACAGAGGAGGAAUAGUGUGUGCUUUUGGUUCUGAUCAAAACUCAAGCUUGAAACUUACUGGGAGGGAGAAUUCCGGUGUGGCUAUUAGUAGGUUUGGUGGGGUGGAGCCGUUUCGUGGUAAAUCAGGUUCUGUUUCAUUUCAUGGGAUAACUCACCAGCUGGUGGAAGAGAGCAAAUUGAUGUCAGCUCCUUUCCAAGAAGAAAAAGGGUCAUUCCUCUGGGUUUUGGCACCUAUUGCUUUGAUUGGUUCAUUGAUUCUUCCACAGUUUUUCUUCAGUAAUGCAAUUGAGACUUUCUUCAGGGACGAGACACUCGUAGAGAUUGUGUCUUCUUUAUCCUUUGAAGUGAUGUUCUAUAUUGGUCUUGGAAUGUUCCUGCUUGUUACCGAUCAUGUUCAAAGGCCAUAUUUGCAAUUCAGCGCAAAGAGGUGGGGUCUGAUUACAGGACUCAGGGGCUACCUAACAUCAUCUUUCUUCACAAUGGGUUUUAAGGUUGUUGCUCCCCUCUUUGCCGUCUACGUAACUUGGCCAGUGCUUGGAUUCCCAGCCUUGGUUGCAGUGGCUCCUCUCCUGGUGGGCUGUGCUGCUCAACUUGCAUUUGAGAGGAUUCUUGAUAAGCGUCAGUCAUCUUGUUGGCCCCUGGUUCCUAUUGUUUUUGAGGUGUAUAGAUUGUAUCAGUUGACCAAAGCUACUCAAUUUAUACAGAACUUUAUGUUCUUGAUGAAAGAUUCUCCCAGAACCCCCGAGAUGAUGGAGAGAGGUAGUGCGCUUGUCGGAAUGGUAGUAACUUUCCAAGUCCUAGCUGUGGUUUGCCUUUGGUCGUUCAUGACGUUUCUCCUACGGCUUUUUCCUUCUAGACCAGUUGCAGAGAACUAUUGAUGUUCGCAAUGGUGGUUCCCUAGGUAUCCAUGCAUGUUCGUCUAAAGUACAUAAUAGGAUAAAGUGUUUUGGGUCACUGCCGAAAAUGGGAUUACAGUUAGUAAAAGGUUGAAUUAAGAAAAAGAGCAGGUGAAGUUCGUGAUGUUACUCGAAUGCUAUUAGUUCUAACUUCUAAUUAUAACCUUUUAUUAUCUUCCUUCUGACGAAAGAAUGUUUCAAUGAGUAUCUGCUUGUGUUGAUACAGAGAGGCAUUGUUUAUUUCUUUCUCACAUUGUUCGAAUCUUGAUGAUAUAACUUAUUCUUGAA